AUGAACGUCCCGGCCCCGAGGAGCGGCGCCACAUGGAUCACGGAGGACGAGUACGACUACUACUCGCCGCAUGGAACCAUCUUCGAGGCCUUGGCCCAGAAGAUGAAGCUAGCGACCAAGGCCACCAAGGUCGACGUCGACGCUCGAGCGCCGCUGCCCGAGACCCCGACCUCGAGCCUCGACGAGCAUGUCACGUACCUGGACUUGCAGCAGAAGAAAACGGCUGCGAUGAAGCGAGGGUUCCCGGACCUCCUCGCGCUCUCGUCCGACGAGCACGACGUCUUCAACCGCAUCCACCAGACCGUCAAGACAGAGCAGCGCAACUUUCACAAGAGCUUUGACACCCUCGCCAAGGCCGAUCUCUUUGUCUUGACGGCGCUGCCCGAGGGCGUCGAGACGGCCGUCGACGCGUUCUUGCGUAAGCGCUGCGCCGACGCCGCCGCCAUGUACCCUGCCGCGUACUCGCGCGUCAGCAUCAUCUCGUUCCCGUCGAUGCCGCCGACGCACUCGCCGCCCAAGCACAUUGCCCGCGUUGCGCGCGCCACGGCCAAGCCGGCACUCAAGCGUCCAUUGCCGAGCCCUUUAACGACGCUGGACGCACCGAUCGCGUGGACGACGGGGUGUGUGCUUUCCAAAGACACCAAGGCCGACGAGCUCAUCGCACAGGAAGACUGCGACGUCGCCAUGGCGACCUCGACGCUCACAAUGCUCUUUGACAUGACCCCCGACCGGUUCCGCCAGGAAUGGAUCAUUCCGGUCGUCGUGCGCGCUGGUCCCAAGAAGAAACACGUGGUCUUUGACAAGCCGCUCGUCAACGCGGUCUGGAGCGGGCGCAAGAAGCUCACGCUCUUCGCGCGCAAGCGCCUCAAGGCGGCGAUGACCGAGACAUCGUCCUCGCGUGUGUACAGCUACCACACGUGGUCGGUCGGGUCCAAGAAGAUGCUGCUCCGAACGCAAACCCAUGGCUUUGACCCGGAGAAGAAUGUCGACGUGGCGAUCCAAGCCAAGGUCGACUACGAGUGGUGCUCGACGCCUGAGAGAAUUACAGAGUCGGAGCGUGCGCGGUGGUGGCUGCAGUCGUGGAUCCGAGGCAACGCCGGCAUUGUCGUGGGUCGCAUGCAUGCCAAUGGCGCCAAGGUCCUCGACGUCUCGGACAAGACGAUCACGUCCGUGGCGUCGUCCGUGGAAAAUCCGUUGGCCAAGUUUGUCAUGGUGCAAGAAGUCAUUGCGCACAUGGGCGAGUUGCCGCCGGGCGAGUACCUCCUCUCGUAUGACCCGUCGUACAACGGCAUCCACGUCUACAAUGCCACGACGGACGACGACGACAAGAGCGACGAAGCCACGUUGCGUCUCCCGGACCUCAUGGAGAAGGCCGGGCGCUGGGAUCGCACGCUCUUGGACUCGGUGCUGCCCGAGUGGCGCGAGCCCGGUCAGAUCCAGUAUACAUUUGCGCUUCCGACCUACUGCAAGAGCUACUUUGAGACCAACGGGACAUGCGCGCGUCUCGCCAAAGGCUACCGCUGUGCCUUUGUCCAUCUGCGCCGCGACCCGCAGCGGCCGCAGCUCUACAUGAUCCAGCCCGUUAUCCAAACACAGUUCAAGAGAGAGCUGCCGGCGCGCAAAAUCAGGUUUCCCUACUGCCCCAAAGCACUCGCCAACAAGUGCACAGUGAAAGGGUGCAGCGACCCGCACCUGUCGCAGCACGACGUCCUCAAGCGUCUCGCGCGCGAGUACGUCGAGAUGGGCAUGGCCCGUCACCGCGACCCGAAGAAACGCAAGAAACUCGACGAAACGCAAGAUGUAUAA